UUGCCAGCAAUGGAAAAAAGUCGCGACACGCCACGUGAUGUUGCAAGUUUGACACCCCUGUUCUAGGCCAUAUUGUAUGGUUCCUUACUUCUGUAAAUUCAGAGCUUACUAUGUGAUGUUCCAGCUGCAUGUACCAAUGGUUUGUCUGUAAUCCACUUUUGUUAUUCGUCAAUUCUCACAGACAUACACUACCCCCAUGGUUCUUCAUAUACUGUCUGUUAGAUCAUGUGCAGGGAGAUGUUUUAGAUGGCUGCCUGACCAUGGGCUUACAACGUCCAUAUAAAUAGUUAGUUUGCUAUGUUAUGAGCUGAUUUACCUCUCAAUCACACUUUUCCAUUCUUCCAUUUUAAGUCUCGUAUGAUACAUACCAAACUUGAACGGUAUGAAAAAUAUUAGAUGCUCUACAUGCCAGCAAGGUCUCUGUUGUAUUGCAGAUGGUGAAGUUGAAGAAAGAGGGGAAAUGACUUAGCCUUUAUUUGCAUCCUUAUUUCAUAUGCUGGUUUCACAUCCUGAUAUGUGACCAAAUGUUGAUGGUAUCAGCAUUAAGACCUUCUGCUUAAACUUGAUUGGGAACAAAAACAGAGCAGCACUGGCUGAAGGUAUAUUAACAUGGGGAACCUUCUUAAAGUUUUGACAUGCACAGACCUUGAACAGGGACCAAACUUCUUUCUGGAUUUUGAAAAUGCUCAACCUACAGAAUCAGAAAAGGAAAUUUACAAUCAGGUAAAUGUGGUGUUAAAGGAUGCAGAAGGAAUCCUGGAAGACUUACAGUCGUACAGAGGAGCUGGUCAUGAAAUACGAGAGGCAAUACAGCAUCCCAGCGAUGAGAGGUUGCAAGAGAAGGCGUGGGGUGCAGUUGUCCCCCUAGUGGGCAAACUAAAGAAAUUCUAUGAAUUUUCUCAGAGGCUAGAAGCUGCUUUACGAGGUCUCCUCGGGGCCUUGACUAGCACGCCUUAUUCUCCUACACAGCACCUGGAGCGAGAGCAGGCUCUUGCUAAACAGUUUGCAGAAAUCCUUCAUUUCACGCUUCGCUUUGACGAGCUGAAGAUGACAAAUCCUGCAAUUCAGAAUGAUUUCAGUUAUUAUAGAAGAACCUUAAGUCGUAUGAGAAUCAACAAUGUCCCAGCAGAAGGGGAAAAUGAAGUAAACAAUGAAUUGGCCAACAGAAUGUCCUUAUUUUAUGCCGAAGCGACACCAAUGUUGAAAACCUUAAGCGAUGCCACGACAAAAUUUGUUUCAGAGAACAAGAAUUUACCUAUAGAAAACACCACAGAUUGCUUAAGCACCAUGGCCAGCGUUUGCAGAGUCAUGCUGGAAACCCCGGAAUACAGAAGCAGGUUCACAAAUGAGGAGACAGUAUCCUUCUGCCUGAGGGUAAUGGUGGGUGUUAUAAUCCUCUACGACCACGUGCAUCCAGUAGGUGCUUUUGCAAAAACUUCAAAAAUUGAUAUGAAAGGAUGCAUCAAGGUUCUUAAAGACCAGCCUCCAAACAGCGUAGAAGGUCUUCUAAAUGCUCUCAGGUACACAACAAAACAUUUGAACGAUGAGACUACCUCCAAGCAAAUUAAAUCCAUGUUGCAAUAACAGUUACCUGUAUAGUGUGGCCCUGCUGUAAACAGUAUUCUGCAAUGACUGAGAUGCACAGAUUUUUUUUUAAAAAAGUGAUUGCAACUACUAUCUUGUUCAGUCUUGCUUUUGACUCCUCCCCCCCCCCAUGUUCUCUCUUUCCAUUAAAAAAAAAUCACGUUCUUGUCCUUGGGUAAGCUGAUAACUUCUUUUUUGUGCCAAAAUCAUUGAAAUGUAUCAUCUCUGGAAGGUAAUUUUUUACUUUUCGGAAUCGCCAUUGUACAUGGCAGCUAAUUUCUGCAUUGCGUUAUGGAUUUCUCUGUAUGAGAGAAAGUUCUGUGACUUGAACUAAAUAUUUUUAAACGUGGUUUUUUUUUCUUUUUGUUUUUGAAAAAACUAAUAUUUAAUAUUGCUUCUCGUGCAUGGCAAAACUGCCUAUUUACUGCUAUUUAAAAGAAAAAAAAGAAAAACCCUCAGUGACUUCAUUUUCUAUUGCAGCUUUUUUUAUGUGCAGUCAGGAAGAAAAUUUAAAAGCAGAUUUGUUUAAAUUAACUGUGUUUGUACAAAUGGUACCCAACACAAAAGAUUUUUUUUUAAAAAAAAAAAGAAAGAAACUAGUAAAAACUGUUGGUUUUUUUUUUAAAAAAAGUUAAGUUUGCAUUGCGACUCAUUUUUGUAAGGAUGUAUGUUGUAUGUUUAAUAACUAAUGUUUUUCAAAAAAAAAUUGGUGUGUGCGUAGCCAAAUUACGUAUGCAUGUUUGUGUCAAAGGAUUGGCUGUGGAAACAAUAAUAAAAGUCAGCUUUCAUUUU